AUGAUAUCAGCCACUCGUCGUUGGGUGCGGCGCAAUCGCAGUGGUAUUGCCAUUGCUGCCGGGGUUGUGGGCGCAACAUAUCUGGCCGGCCAAUAUGUGAUAGGCAAGAUUUCAGAAGCUCGAGAGCGUAUGACCUCUGAUCGAUUAGCUCGGGAAAAGUAUGUCCUCGCUUCCUCUCUUCCUCUCACAGAUCUUGCGCAACCAUUGACCCGUGCUAGUUUACGCCGGCGCUUUGAGCAGAACCAGACUGAUUGCACCUUCACCGUCCUGGCAUUACUACCGAACGUGACAGAAAACAUUCUCGAAGCUCUACCCGUGGAGCACUUGACCCACGAGCUACAACAGAAGAGAGCAGAGCGACUUGCUAGAUCUAGUGGAGAGGGCACGCCUUCUGAAUUGAGUUCAGGACCGUCGAGCGUGAGGGAUGGAGGAGACAAUUCCAGCUUGUCGAGCUUCCAGUCCUCCAGCUACAUUCAUGCUAGCCAGUUGACGCAGCCCGAGAAUGGUUCAGGACGGCCGAGAAAAUCCAAGGCGCAAUUGUGGAAUGAAGUCAAGAUUUCUUCCAUAACACGCGCCUUCACUCUUCUAUACACAUUGUCUCUUCUCACUCUCCUCACCAGAAUUCAGCUUAACCUGCUCGGCCGGUUGAACUACCUCUUCUCUGUCGUUUCUACCACACGACCUUUACCACUAGAGCGUGCCAACUCAAUAUCACUCGAGGAUAACGACAGCCCCGGGAGUCCAGGCGGGCCCACGUAUGGCAAUGAUUUCGAGACUAACCGCCGUUACCUGGCGUUCACCUGGUACCUUUUGAAUAGAGGCUACACCAAGGUCCUGUCUGAAGUCGAGGCCGCCGUCACUGAAGUAUUCGGCACUAUAUCUCCCACCGAAGCAAUCUCCGCCACUCGUCUCUCCGAGCUCACCCUCCAAGUGCGCCAGAAGAUUGAAGGCUCAACCCCAGCACAGCGUCGAGCUAAGAAUUGGCUGGCGUACCUCCUUCCGCCACGAGCAGAAGAGGAAGACCUCCUCAUCGAAGCAGGCGUCCUCACCCCACCAUCAAUAAGCACAUCAUCCGCCUCCUCAUCUGAUCAACGGCCCACCUCAUUACCACCACCACCACAGCCUGCCGCGACGAAAUCCGGCCUCGAGACGCCCCAGAGCCGCCUCCGCAAACUCCUAGACGAAACCUCCGAUCUAAUAGAAUCUCCCACCUUCACCCGAAUCCACACUCUCCUCCUCAACUCCCUCUUCUCCCAUCUCAUCGACAAGAAAGUCAGCGAGCAAGCCUUUCCUGCCCCUCCUCCACCAACCCAACCCAACUCCUCCUCUACUCCUCAAUCCUCCGCCGAAGCUCCUCCACAAUUCCAACGCAUUACCGAGAUCUCCUCAUCCGUCACCGUCGUCCCAGCCAACAACCAUGAAACCGCAGCGCCAGCAGAACCCACGACUAAGCUCGCCACUAUCCUCGCGCUCCUGACCCGUCAAGCCCACGUGAUUGGCAGUGGGAACACGCCGCCGCCGCCGCCGAACAACGAGUAUGUGCAGGCGAUGGAGAGGGAGGUUAGGGAGCUGGAGGCGUUUGCUGCGGUGAUCUAUAGUAGCCAGCUGGACGUUGAGUCGGUGGUGGAGGGUGGGAAUAUCGAUGGGGAUCAGAAGGUGGAGGGAGGACAGGAAGGCAUGCUGGAGAGUGUAUGGAGCAGCAUCUCCGGCACAGACGGUGCUGGCGCGGGGAGAUGA